UUUCCGUAUAGGCACGCCUCUGUCGAGAAAGCGGAGAGCUGGAAACUGAAUCGAUCUCCAUCAUGGUCUGAGAUCAACGAAAAUGGCUCGCCGGAACCACACGACGGAAUUGGGCUGCAUCGGCCGCUGGGAUAAUCUCCGGGAACUUGGCGCCGGAAAGGAUGGGUGGCUGGUCGAUAAUCCUAACAUCCGCACCGCCCUCGCCACCAACUCUCUCGCCGUCGCCGACCGCUCCCAGGUCCUCGUCGUCGCCCUAGACUGGUGGUCCCAAUCCCAAUCCCAUUACCAGAUCCGUCAUCAUUAUGAAUCGGCCGCCGCCGGCGUUAACAAGAUCCGCCCCACCCUCUCCCCAAUCGAGGCCGAGUACAUAUCUGCAGUUGAGUGGCUGGUGUUCCGCGAAGUUCGAGUUCUCGCCGUCGGCACCUCUUGCGGCUACUUGCUGAUUUACUCUCUUCAAGGCCAUCUUAUUCACAAGCAGUUUGUCUAUUCUGGAAGAAUUCUUAAAUUAAGAGUCGGUGUAACCAAGAGAGAUCUCAUGCAAGAUGCAUCCUCUGAGGAAAUUUGUGUUGUAAUACCUGGCAUAAUAGCACGCUUUGAUGGAUCAGACAUAUCGAGUAUGUUGCAGCAGUGGUUUCAAGAAACACGCCCUCAGUUUUGGGAUCAAAAUAGAGAUCCAGAUGAUCCUGGAAUUUCCUAUAGAAAACUACCUUACCAGCUCUGGAAUGUUAGCAAGCAUGGCCCAUGUGCUGAUGCAGCAAUUACCGGGAUAAUGCCACCUCCACUGAUGGAAUUGCAGUCAAGUCAACGUUAUUACUGUGCAGUGACUAUUGGAGAUGAUGCUGUUAUUUCAGCAUUCAGACUUUCAGAGGACCGAAGUGGUUCUUUAGUGGGAGCUAUUCUGUCAAAAGUUGUUCCUGCAACGUUUUCAACAAUAGCCUCUUUUUCAAAAAUGAUAUGGCGCAGUGAACAAAAAUCAACAAAAAGGUCAGAGGCAAAACACCAAUCAUUUGCUAAAGCUUCUCCUCUUACAUGUUUGAAGGAUCAUCCAAGAAAGGGAAAGAAUCUAACCUUAUCUCCAAGUGGCACAUUGGCAGCAAUAACAGAUUCACUUGGCCGCAUACUGCUUUUAGACACUCAGGCACUUGUUGUUGUUCGGUUGUGGAAGGGAUAUCGUGAUGCUAGCUGCCUGUUCAUGGAAAUGCUAGUCAAUCGAGAUACUAAAGAACCAACUUCUGCUUAUUAUGAACAUGAGAAGGGUGAUUAUUGCCUGUGCUUAGCCAUUCAUGCACCUCGAAAAGGGAUUGUUGAGGUUUGGCAGAUGAGGACGGGACCUCGUCUUCUCACUAUUCCAUGCGCCAAAGGGAGCAAAAUACUGCAACCCACCUACAGAUCUGAACCAUCAUCCUCUGUAUCUCCUUCAUCUUAUGUACCUCUGGAAGUUUUCUUGUUGAAUGGGGACUCGGGUCAGAUUUCUGUUCUAAAUCAAUCUCCUAAGUAAAACAUAUAUUUAUAUUCCAUAUAGAGAACAUGAGAUGAAACUCUGUUGAUCUUUCAAGCGCAGUUUCAUGUGCCUGUAAACAAUACAUAUAUAGUCCUUUAGAAUAAUAGGUGACUUUUGAUUA